AUGUACAAAUUAGCAUUGAAAGGUGUCCUUGGUAAUAAUAAGAAGGAUUGGGAUUCAGAAUUGGUUUUGGCACUAUGGGAUGACAGAGUGAUAGUUAAGAAAUUCACAAAAUUUGCCCCAUACGAGUUGGUAUAUGGUAAAGAAGCGCGAUUACCCUUAAGCAAUUUUCUCCUAGUUUACAAAUUUUUUAUAGAGGAAGUUUCAGAAGAAGUAAAAUUUAUGGAAGAUAGGUUGAUGGCAUUAGCUGAGUUAGACGAAUGUAGAAGGGAAGCUUGGGAAAGAAACAUACAAAGACAGCAAACGGUAAAGGCUCUACAUGAUAGGAAGGCAUGUCAAAGGUCUUUUAAAGAAUGGGAAUACGUGUUAAAAUGGAAUGCCAAAGAUCAAGAUAAAUGGAAGCAUGGAAAGUUCGAUGCACUUUCGCUAGGACCUUUCAUCAUUUCAGAAAAAAGUGGAGAAAACUCCUAUUACUUGCAGGAUACUGAUGGUCAAGUGCAAGAGUUCUCGGUUCAUGCUCAAUAUCUUAAGAAUUUUUUCUAUUAA